AUAAUAUCUCACCUUUCAAUUCUUAAUAUUUCAGCCAUCUUGGACGUAAAAUGCGACUUAUCAAUACCACGACCCUCGAGGUGGAAGAAUUCUUUGACGUGUCCAUUCCCGAAUAUGCUAUUCUAUCGCAUACCUGGGGCGACGGUGAAGUCUCACUACAAGACUGGGCCGAUCGCAAGAACCGCCGCUUCAAGCCCGGGUUUCAGAAGAUCGUCUGGGCUUGCGCUCAAGCUGCCAAGGACCAAUUGAGCCACGUUUGGGUAGACACCAAUUGUAUCGACAAGAGUAGCUCUGCGGAGCUAUCUGAAGCUAUUAAUUCCAUGUUCAGAUGGUACCGAAGAUCUGCUGUCUGCUACGUAUACCUCGAGGAUGUCCCCGCCAUGACUUUGGAUGAAUGCACAAAGGCGGAUAGUGCGUUUAGGAAUGCAAGAUGGUUCACAAGAGGCUGGACUCUUCAGGAACUAAUUGCACCGCCGAAUGUAAGUUUCUUCUCCAGCAACUGGACUCUGAUAGCGACAAAGUCUGAGCUGGCACCUUGCAUCACCGAGAUCACGGGUAUUCCUUGGUCUUGUCUCCUCAAGGGAAGGCUCUCCAAGGCCCACCCACUGCGGAGAUACAGUGUUGCACAGAGAAUGGCAUGGGCAUCAAGUCGCUCAACGACACGUAUUGAGGAUCAGGCCUACUCUCUCCUCGGACUCUUCGAUAUCUCCAUGCCGCUGGUAUACGGCGAAGGCUUUGAAGCUUUCACCAGACUACUUGGAGAGAUCAUCCACAAAUAUGCAGAUCAUAGCUUCUUUGCAUCCCGACUGCAAUAUGUCGAUUUUCUCCCUCGCUCGCCUUGGGAGUUCUCCGACUCUCAGUCCGUGGUUGUUAGCAGCUCACCGCAGCUGCAGAGGCAUUACACACCAGGAGAUCAUUCCUACUCAUUUCAUCUGACCAACACCGGACUGCAGAUCACUCUGCCCAUUGUGCCUACUUUGGUUCCUCAUUUCGUAUUUGGCGUGCUUGACUGUUGGGAUAUUGAGUCUACGAGUACCACGACAACGCGUUAUGUAUCACGAAUAUGGAUACCACUCCUUCGGAAGGGAACUGGUGAGUCGCAGAGGUACCUACGAUUGAUCUGGCCUCAAACCUUUUUCCCGGUAAAAAUGGCUCGGAAGGACAGUAUAAUGUUUCACGAAGAAGAGCAGCUUCUCUCCAAAGAAGACGAGCAUACAUCAGCCGAUUCAGAAGAACCUUCCGAUCACGUGGACACAGUAUCAACAGCGAUGCAAAGAAGCAUUCUGGUGAAGAAGCCAUAUGCGACCAUCCUAUCAGUCCCAUCGUGGCAGCCUCGUGAAGCUGGAAGUCCGUUUCUCCUCUGCUUCCCCCGAGGAACCGCAGACUAUCGUCUAUACGGUAUCUUCCCCAGCGACCAUGAGUCUGAUACCGCAUGGGCAUCGGAGACACCCCCUUUACUACCAUUGAUAAUGCCACGCCGGAUUCGCAGGAGCAGCCAUCAGGCGGACGAGAGCGAGCUGCUUGGAAAAGGCAAAGCGGACAUAUACGCUGCAGUGGUUGUGUUUAAGAAGAGAGGAUCAAAGCCUCCCAGAUUCGUUGCUAUCUUCUUGACAAAUAUUGCACAAAAGGAUAACAGGAAAGAAGGAAGAAUGAUCUUUGAGCCUAGAAGCAAGGUCAUUCCGAACUGGUCACCAACGGAAGAUGCAGAUUUGGAAGCCGUUGAUUUCUCUACCUUUCCUGACGUUGAAUUUGACGGCGACACGCUGGUUACGGUGCAGAAGAUAGCGAGUAACCCUAGGAUAACAGCCAAAGGUCGCGAACAUCGUUUUGUUGGGCUCACGCAGAUUAUCUUUGAUAGAGAGCAGAUGAUGGAAGAGUUACGCUUACAACCAGAUAGGGAAGACAAGGCAUCGAGGGGGAUCUUGCAGCAUUAUGGCCAAGAUUCAUCUGACGAAGAGGCUGACGAUUGAUCUGGUGCUUCAUCUUUAUAUUCGAGCUAAUAAACAAUAAAUUAUGUUUUAUAUACA